CGGAUGCCGGCCGGGGGCCGGGCGCUGCGGGCAGCGGGGGGCCGCGGGCCGGGGCUCGCUGCGCCCCUCGGGCCCCCCAGGGCCGGGCGGGAGGCGGCGGUGAGCCCGGACAUGGGUGUUUGUCUCCGGGCAGCGCUGCCCCGUGGCCUGUUGGUACCUGCGGGCGGGCGCCCGGUGGAAAGUACCUUUUUCUCAUGAACGGUUCUAGUUCCUCGCCCUGGGCUCUCGCCAUGGACACUAUGAAAACCACUUACAUCGUGCUGGAACUGAUCAUCGCUGUGCUCUCCAUCGCUGGCAAUGUCCUGGUCUGCUGGGCAGUGGCCAUCAACAGCACCUUGAAGAAUGCCACCAACUAUUUCCUGGUGUCUCUGGCGGUGGCUGACAUUGCCGUGGGUUUGUUAGCCAUCCCUUUCGCCAUCACCAUCAGCAUUGGAUUCGAGGUGGAUUUUCACAGCUGCCUCUUCUUCGCCUGCUUCGUGCUGGUGCUGACCCAAAGCUCCAUUUUCAGCUUGCUAGCGGUGGCCAUCGACAGGUACCUGGCUAUUAAGAUCCCACUGAGGUAUAAUAGUCUGGUGACUGGCAAGCGGGCAAGAGGCCUCAUCGCUGUGCUGUGGCUCCUGUCCUUUGGAAUUGGACUGACUCCACUUAUGGGCUGGAAUAAAGCCAUGAGCGGCUGUCCCAACACCACCAACGAGACAGGGGUUGACACCAGGACACAGCACCAUGGCUGCUUCAUCUCAUGCCUCUUUGAGAAUGUGGUAACGAUGAGCUACAUGGUGUACUUCAACUUCUUCGGCUGCGUGCUGCUUCCCCUGGUUAUCAUGCUGGGAAUCUACAUUAAGAUAUUCAUGGUCGCCUGCAAACAGUUGCAUCAGAUUGAACUGAUGGGCAACUCCAGGACCACGCUGCAGAAGGAGGUCCAUGCAGCCAAGUCUCUGGCCAUCAUUGUGGGAUUUUUUGCCUUCUGUUGGCUGCCCCUGCAUAUCUUGAACUGCAUCACACUCUUCCACGAGGAGUUCUCCAAAUCCAAGCCUGAGUGGGUGAUGUACAUGGCCAUCAUCCUCUCCCAUGCCAACUCUGUCAUUAACCCCAUCAUCUACGCCUACCGGAUCAGGGACUUCCACUACACCUUCCGCAAGAUCAUUUCCAAGAUCCUCUGUAAGACUGACGACUUCCCCAAGUGCACCACUGACAACAACCAGCACCUGACUGUCACCAACAUUAACUGCCCUGUAGCCUCUGUCACCAUAUGACCCUGCAUGUCCUGCUCCCGGGAUCCUGCAGUGUCCCUGACACUAUCCUCCCCUGUGCCUCUGUGACCAGUUGCAGCUCGCUCCCGGAGGAGCGCUCAGAGAUGACCACUAUGCAGUUAUGCAGCUGUAUUUUUUGUUAUUAUUAUUAUUAUUUUUGUAAUUAACACAGUGCCUCCUGGAGGGAUAACCUGAGCGGGGAGACUGACUGUGAACCCAGGUUGCGUGAGUGCUGGUGACCGUGUUGUGUCUCCAUUCCAGGUCAGACACUGACUGUGGAAGACCCACUUGCUGGGGGCGUUUCCCCAGUUGUGCUGCUCGUGUCAAGUCCUAUUUUAAUUGUUAUUAUUAUUUUUUUUAAGCUUUUGAUUCCUUUAGGAGUAAUAA